AUGUCCAUGGCAACCUUGGGGGCCGCUCGUAGAAUACGCGUGGAAUGGAGCGGAGACGAUACCUUCCAGUGCUAUCAGCAGCCAACCGAGAAGACCAUUUUGAAUGGGGAGCUCUUCAAAGAAAAGGAGCGGGUUUUUCUCAAGAGGACUCUGAGGUUGCACAACGUGUCCUUUCCCAUCGGCCACGACCGAACGGUGCAGAUCGAGUUGAAGAGUUUCUGGCAGCCGGAAGCCUUGAGAUUGGAUGGCAGAGAGUCACGAGGAGGAAAGUUUGUGACGCUUUUGUCAGAUCAACGACCUCCGAUCAAAGAUGCCUUUGCUUGGAUCAAGUUGGUGCAGCCCUUGUAUAAGCGCGGUUUCUCCGUGGUGUUGCUGGAUUUGCCGGGCAGCGGAGGGAGCGGCCUCAACACCAACACGGAGGUGCCCUAUGAGGACUGGGAGGAGGAGGAUUUCCGGAUUGUGGAAAAUGCAUUGCGCGGACUGCAGGUGAAGCGAACUCAUCUCAUUGCCUUUGGACGAUCCUCUCGCAUCAUCUUGAAAUUUGCCAAGAACACCCACAUCAAUGGCUUUUCUACUUUCCUGGAGAGAGAACAUUGCUGGUAUCAACCUGACAUUGACUUCUUUGCACUCUUCCACAACGAGGUGGGCGACUGUCCUCCGGGCAAAGUGCACGAAUGGCAGAUUGAAGCGGAACAUCGCCAUGAACAUCUCCUGCGGGAGGUCAUGAAGCCCGUGCGCAUCAUGGCUUUUCACGAGCGUUUUCCAGAGGAUCCAGCGGUGAAGGCUACGCAGCAGUUCAUUGCACGCGCGCGCUCGUCACCCGAAGCAGCCCUCUCGGAGUUUUAUUGCACACGCAUCUCUCGCGAAGAUAUUUGCUUUGUGCGCCCACAUGCGGCUUUGGAUGUCAGUAUCAUGGCUAUGGCCAAGAACUUGAUGACGGCCAUGGCAGACUUUCUGAAGACUGCGAAUCAGGGGGAUGUCGCAGUGCCCGUCUUCCUGCCGCACCAGGACGUCAAGGAUGGGAAAAUCAAACAAUGCAGCAAGGGAUGUGUGAAUCCUCGGAGAGGACUACACCACUGGAGCUGCCCCAACCAUCCGAAAAAUGCGGGAGGUCGCGUGCCAAUAGCCCAGGAAGAGGAGGAAGAGGAGGAAGAGGAUGCGCCUCAGCAAGAACCGCCCAAGGAAGACAAGUUGAUGCUUCGAAGCCCAGGCCAACGGCCGGCUUCGGCCCCUGCCCGACGGCUUGCGGGGCAUGCAGGUGCUUCCCUGCAAAGCGCCAUGAGCCGCGAGAAAUUCGCGCAGCGCAACUGGGUGGUGACGUCGCAGAAGCACCUGGCGUCCACAUCUCAGCGUUUGAGCCCAGCAGUGGAGGGCCAGGAGGGCAAUGGAAUCAAAGCAAAGCUCACAAGAAUUUCCCCGAACGAGGCGCCGGGCAAUCCCAAAGAUGGGGCCACCAUGCGCUCCUGUCUCUAUCGGGUCAAGGACUUGAAUCCCCCACUGAACAAGGCCAUGCAGCACCAGGCAAACAUUCAACUCCUGCCUUCAGAUAUGCGGGAAUGGACUCUUGCGGCCGAAAAGGUCUUUGAAGUGCGAGAGGCAGCCAUCGCAAAGGCCAAGAGGGAGGAGGAGGAACGCAUGGAACUGCUGGCCUUCCGUCCCAAGACAGCGGACACCGAUGGAGAGGAGCCAGCGGAGCCGGAGGUCGACUCGCUAGCAUCUGAGGUGCAAGAGCCGGUGCAGCCAAAGUCCACUCUCUCCACGGAUGAUUUUCUCAUGGAUAUGGAUUGGCGCCGCGGAAGCCGCAGUCCAAAGGUUUGCAAUGUUGGCAGCAAGUUGUCCUUUAUGCUGGACGAAGCCCCAUCAAUUCCACAGUGGGAAGCUUGGAACACAGCAAACUCAGCCGCUGAACAUCACUUGAGCGAGGACGGCAGCUUUCGAUCUUCUCGGGAAGUUCCCACCAGCGACAGGCAGGAGCCAGAAAGCCCAACAGCCACAGAUGGCGGGAUCUCCACACGUCCGGACAGCGCGCUGAGUGGCGCCGGCACCCGCCCCGCCAGCGCCACGCAGUGCCCGCUGAGCGGCAAGCGGCCGAAACGCCCGGGAAGCGCCGCAGGGUCCACGAGACCAUCCAGUGGCACAGGCACUGCGAGUACUGCACCUUCCAGACCCUCCAGUGCCACACGUCUGAGGGACCUCUUCUCGAGCAAACUCAGUCGCUUGAGGCCGACUUCUGCCCUGUCAAGAUCUUCAUCCUCCACCAAGCUGUCCUUGGAACCUGCACAAGGUGCCACAAGUCCUACCAAUGCCGGCAACCUUGCGUCGUGGUUUAGCAACCGCCGCAACUUACUCACUGGAACUUGA